UUAUUCCCGAAACUUACACCUCCCAUUCCAACAGAAACCACAUGCUCUGAUUAGCACUCAUACCCAUGAAAGGACUGGAAUUUCCGAAUGCUUCAUCAUGGAGACAGAGAAGACUCCAAGACUUUUGCUCCACGCGGAGAAAAUACUCCCGCAGCCUGUGCAUGCGCAUCUGAUUGCGUGCUGCCCAACGAUGGACCUAGUCGCAGUGGUAAAUCGGGAAGAACAGCUUAACGUAUACAGGUUUGGAGGACAGCGCGCUUUUGGAUUGCAAAGGAGAAGCGGUGAGAGCACAGUCGUAAGUUUGGGCUGGAAGUUUAACGGGCAAUAUCUUGCUGUCGGCUGGUCCGACGGCAUCGUCGAGGUAGUGUCUGCCGAAACGGGCAACGUACUUCAACACUUUCGACAGCCAUCAUUAUCUGGAAAAGCACAGGAUGAAUCUGGACACCAGUCGAAAGUGACGUGCAUUGGAUGGUGCCUUAACUUUGUCGAGGUCGAGUCGGUAAAAAGGAAGGCAGGUACAUUUCACUCUGAUGUAUCAACAGCUUUGCCUCCGUUUGACGAUCUUAAUCCUGAGAAUUGGUAUGGACGACACGAAAAAGUCUCGCUUGAUGACUUCCUCGAAAGGAUUCCAGAUCCCGGAAAGGUGAACUUGCCUCUUGAUUUGCCCAGCCAACUUGCACGCCUAGAUAUCUCCAGCUCAAUGCUCAAGCUUCCACCUCUUCCCCUUCUCCCACCUUCUGCAUACAAGCAUGAUGACCAUCCUUCUGCAGAGCUUUUCGCAUCUCAAAUUACUUUAGAUGCUGCACUGUAUUCCAACAGCAUCCAGAACAAUUCUCUAGAAGCAUUGUUACUUGCACAAGACAGCGGAAAUGUCAGACUAAUUCUAUACGACGCCCUUAGCAUCGGUGAAGUCUCCCUACCGACUGAGUGGAGGCUGUCAACGGUGAAAAUGCACAGGGUCGCAUCUCAUCCAUUUUCUAGCACGUACAUGUUUCUCGUAGGGCUACCAUCAGACAAUGCAAAGCCCAGAAGCGCUUUGCUUCCACUGUCAUUGAGAUUUUUGCACUCCAGUGGCAACCAGUUACACAUCAUCGAAUCAAAGACAGCACAACUCGAGCUUCUGGUGCAGUAUGUAGGCGAAUGCUUGCUUGCACUCUGUCAUCACUGGAAACAUGCACAGGAGCUACCAGGCAAAUUCAUGGCUGGCAUCAACGACGAUCUAGCGGAAAAGAACGAACCAAAUCUUGUUCAAUCGUUAUUCCAUCUGGCAGCUACGGGAGAUUGCCCCCCGACGCUCAAAGAAUGGCUCGUGGACAUUCUUGCAGAACGAGGACAUAAACGAUGGGAUCAUUCCAUCACGCAUGGAUAUACAAAAGUUCUCGAACUAACUCACGAAAACCUCCUUCCGGCACUGGAUCGUUGCGUUGCGAUUUUGAGCCAUCUUCGAGGCCUUGCCAUCUAUUACGAGCACAGCCCUGUUUUCAAUGUUCCCUACACUGCUUUCGACACGAUAUUGAACAUCAUCAGAUGCAUCCGCCUCCUUGCGCACCACGUUCUCUUGUACUGUAGCGAAGAGACACAGCAAUUCCAUACCUUUUCAAAGUGGCUCCGCCAUGAGAUUGACCUUCAAGCCUCGGAUUCGCCUCCUGACCCAGCAGAAGAAGUCGAGCAAGACAUCAACGUCGACUAUUCGUUACUUCUUGCGUAUAUUCAAGGUGCACUUGUGAACAGCAAACUGGAUCCCUUCGUUAAAUGGGAGCCAGAUCUUCCGCCAGUAACAGCAUCUUUAAGUAUGUACGACGAUAUAAAGAAAAUUUUGAAUUCGUUCAAGAAACGCGGCGACGUGGACGAGGAGCUCAUCAAUAUGAGGGCGUAUUUCGACGAGUGGAUGAGACAUAAUCGAAGGUUGGUAGAUCAGAUUACUAGUCACCAACGAGCAAGCAGUUUGAUCACAACUGGAAUUGUGAUUGAAGAGGGAGAGCCACUAGUCUCUGAUAUUCGAAUGGUUUAUGAGAGCACAACCGAAGGAAUGCAUGGCAAAAAUGAAAACACUGUGGCUACGAUUACGGCAAUCGUUCAUAAAAGCACCCCAAACCAAAUUAACUUCACGAAAAUCACUCAUGAUACGGACUUCGAAGGAUUCAAAUCGAUACGAAGCUCGCUGUCUGGCGCUGUGUCACUCCCCUCUGGGAACUUGAUAUGCGAUCUGAAGUUCGAGGAUGACCAGAGUUUGAUGCUGCUGGUUACGCAAGAUGAUCAUCGUCAUCUGGUAUCUAUUCCUUAUACAGAGAGCAUCUCCGCUUCCUUCAUCAAGGGACGCGAUGCUGAACUUUGCCAAGUACCGGAUGGGCAAGCCUUGAACACCAAUAGAAAUGGAUACAGCAUAUCUGAUCACGAAAUGAAACGAUAUACGAAGCAUACAUUUGAACCGGACGACAGAUUCCAUCCUUUGAAAAUAGAAGUCAACGGAAGGCGCAACCGGCGAUUUGUGGUAGCGCUUGGGGAAGAUAAACGGAUGAUGAGAAUAUUUGAUCUUGACUAUAGCGAAGAUGAGAUUCCGCAUAAUCGGCAACCGGGAGUUGGGCUGGAUCGACCAGGGGACGAGGAUAGCGAUGAAGUCAUGAAAGACUGACAUUAGCUUCGGACGCCAGGAGCUUGAAGUCGAGCAUCCCAUCGAAGUGGAACAAAUGUAGCCACCAAUUGAUUUUUUGGGAAGAGAAAAAAUUUCCAUCACGUCGUGUACAGAGAUCACUUCUUCAAGUACGGUCUGUUUCAAAAUUGUCUUAGUCGCGACAUAUUCGUUGUGGAAUCCUAGUCAACGAUAUCUUUAGUAGCUACAAUGAGCAGUGUGAGGUUGAGAAAGAUCGUCGUUGACGAACUGACAUCGCAAGACAAUGCAAUCAGCGUUUCUAAAUAGAAGAGCUACCGUCAUUU